AUGCAGAACUUAACCUUGGUAACAGAAUUUAUUCUUCUGGGCUUCACUGAUGUCUGGGAACUCCAAGUUGCCCUCUUUGUUGUCCUUCUAAUUACAUACCUGUUGACUGUAUCAGGGAAUCUUCUCAUCAUCUCCAUCACUUUCGUGGACCAGCGUCUCCACAGUCCUAUGUAUUUUUUCCUCCGGAACUUUUCCUUUUUGGAAAUCAGUUUCACUACCGUCAUUAUCCCCAAGAUGCUUGCUAACCUCCUUUCCAAAAGGAAGACCAUCUCAGUGACCGCUUGCUUCAUCCAGUCCUUCUUCUAUUUCAUCCUCGGCAUUGCUGAGUUCUUCCUCUUGGCUGCCAUGUCUUUCGAUAGAUAUGUCGCCAUUUGCAACCCACUCCGGUACACCAUCAUUAUGAACAGUAGACUUUGCAUCCAGCUAGUGCUGAGCUGUUGGGUGGGCAGUUUCUUCUUUGUCUUCCUAACAACAGUCGUCAUCACACGCCUACCAUUUUGUGGUCCAAAUCUCAUUGACCAUUUCUUCUGUGACAAUUCACCACUGCUGAAGCUGGCCUGUGCUGACACACGGCUCAUUGAAGUAGUUGACUUUAUUCUUGCAGUCAUCAUAUUACUGGGCACUUUAGCCAUCACCACCAUCUCCUACAUUAAUAUAAUCAUGACUGUGUGUCGUCUUCCUUCCACCAAGGAGCGGCAGAGAGCCUUCUCCACUUGUUCGUCUCAUAUUACUGUUGUCACUAUGUUCUAUGGUAGCUGCAUCUUCAUGUAUGUGAAGCCCUCGCAACGUGAAGGGAUUGACCUCAACAAAGGGGUAGCCAUUCUCAACACUGUAGUUACUCCUUUAUUGAACCCUUUCAUCUAUACACUCAGAAACAAGCAAGUACAGGAAGUGCUGAGAGAUGCCAGAAGGAAGAUAUUCAUUAGGAAUCUGAGAAGCUGA